GAGCACUACAGUCUGCAGUGCGACUAAUUCCUUGCGUGAUGGAACUGGAUAGGAUUCGGUCAGAGAAAAUAGAGAAGUUUAGGAGCAUGAGCGAUCAGGUUCGGAUUGGUGGAAAGGGGACAGCCAGACGUAAGAAGAAAGUUGUACACAAGAGUGCAUAUGUUGACGAUAAAAAACUGCAGUGUACCAUGAAGAAGCUUUGUCUUAAUAAUAUCUCUAACAUCGAGGAGGUCAUUAUGUAUAAAUCUGACGGCAUGAUGAUUCAUUUCAAGAAUCCAAAGGUCCAAGCUUCGCCUCAGGCGAACGUGUUUGCAGUUUCGGGACAGGCGGAAACAAAACCAAUUACCGACUUGUUCCCCAACAUGCUCACUCAGUUGGAAUCAGCAAAGCUACGCCUUUCGAAAAUUAAUGCGAAUGCGGACGGCGAGCUGAAACAGGAAGACGCGGACGAGGAUGUUCCGGGACUCAUCGGUGAUUUUGACGAAAAAAGCCGCUUGGAAUAAUUUCUUCUCAGCAUACUUUUAGCUUUGUGUUUGUAUGCUGACUUGCAAUACAGUGGCUUUUGAUCAUUCGGUUUGCUUUAUGCUCUCGUGCGGUUAAAGAUCUCGGUACUUCAUCCUUUCAUGCAAAACUUCGGUUGUCUGUUGCCUUCCUCUCUUCUUUGCUUGAUUGUAAAUCUGACUAAGUGUGAGGUAGGCUUCGACAUUCCUCCCAUGGACAGUGGUCUCCGGAGUAUUAUUGAUAUUCACGAGUAUUUGUGGGCCUCCAUCUUCACUCAGCUUUUUUCUUUCCUUUUGCAGUGAUUUUGUCAUAUUGUAUACUUCAGCUAAUAUGGCCAUUUCCCUUGCCCCUUGUUAUUUCCGAUUAAAAGUUAGCUUGUGACUUCAUUUGGAGAACCGUCUCCUCUGUAAAUGAAAUUCCUGUCAGGGUAUAUCGAUGUAUCCUAUGCCCACAUAUGGUUUGCACUGCAGUAACUGAAUCUUCAACGGAGUGUACCUCUGUAUUUUAGCUUGUUCACUGUUUUUCCCUCCAUCCCGUUGACCUCCACCCUUAACAUCUACCAUAGGCUUAAUCGCUUCCACUGUUUGAUGGUCGCACUUUGAAUGAUAUCAUGUGUGUUGGAGCGGAUUCGGCUGUUGAUGAAUUUGCUGGGAGCUCUGAUUCGAUUGUUCUAUUGGGGUUGCCUCAGUCUGGUCUAGUUACACGCACAUUUCCGCUUUGUACAUACAUUGAUUUUGGUUUAGGAGUUCUUCGAGAAGUAGCAAAAUCGAGGCUAUCACGCUUCUGCUGUUGUAUUAACUUAAUUGUCUUAGCCCUGCGUUUGAGCUCAAAACUGUCUCCUCAGAUUAUCAUUCAAAAUCGAUUUGUGUUACUCGGGUACUACUUUUCACCACUAUGGAAUUGUACUCCAAGGGUUCAGACAAUGGCUACCGUGUAAGGAAGCAUACACUUAAUAUUGCAGUAGUGUCAACG